AUGAUUGCUUUUAGUACGUGGGGUGCUAAUUCGGGCUUUGCAAUUUACCUCGCGUACUACCUUGAAACUAAGCUCUUUACCGAUUCCGUCGAGCUCUAUGCGCUUAUAGGUGGAUGUGCCGUGGGUCUUGGGGUGAUUUUCUCCCCCGUAAUUACUUACCUCUGUGGUGUCUUUGGUAUUAGAACCGUCAUGACCAUUGGGGCCUUCCUCCAGCUCGCAACAAACCUAUGUGCGAGCUGGCUGGUGAACUUGUGGCAGAUCGUUCUUUCUCAGGGGGUUUUAGGGGGAUUUUCUCUCGCGUUGGUGGCGAUGCCGGCGAUGACCAUCACUCCGCAAUGGUUUAAGAAGCGCCGAACACUAGCCUCUGGGAUAGGAGGAGCCGGAAGUGGGGCCGGCGGUAUUGUCUAUAACCUAGCAAUGUCGAAGAUUGUGGAGGAGUUCAGCUACAGAUGGGCGUUGCGCGCCCAGGGCAUCAUGUGCUUUGUCACGGUGUGCAUUGCCAUUUCACUCAUCCGAGUUAGAACUGCUGUCAAACCAGAGUUGAGGUUGUUUGAUGCGCAGGUAGCUCGAAACUUUGGGGCGUGGCUCGUGAUUCUCUGGAUUAUCCUUGCGAUGUUUGGCUAUGUUGUUUUGAUGUACAACUUGGCUGAUUUUACUAAAUCCUUGGGGUAUUCUUCGCAUCAGGCAUCGGUGGUAGCGGCAAUGGUUUCACUUGGGGCCUUAGUCUUCCGUCCUUGCGUGGGUAUAUGCUCCGAUAUGUUUGGAGUGACAACGGUGAACAUGGUUGUGCACUUUGUGGUGGGGGUUUUCGCGCUUGCGAUGUGGAUUCCUUGUCGAAACUACGCCACUGCUCUCAUCUUUGGGCUAGUAGUGGGUGGAUUGAUGGGAUCGCUGUGGUUCUCGGUGGGUGUAAUUGUGGCAAGGAUUGGUGGACUCAGAAAAUUCAACGUGUUCUUCAGCAUGGUGUGGGUUUUCUUAGGGAUGGCUUGCAUGGCCUCUCCUGUCAUCGGGAUCAGAUUGAAGAGUGAGCUACCAGCAGGGUUGCUCGUUGACCCAGAUCAGUAUCGAAAUGUGGCGAUCUUUGUCGGCUGUUGCUACAUCGGGUCCGCCUUGAGUUUGUGGGUGUUGCGUGCGUGGAUUAUCGCCCGGGAUGAGCUAUCUGGAGCAGAGUCCGAAUCCGAUAAUGGGAACGAGUUUUUCAUCAGAGUUCCCGCACGGAAUACCAUAAGGAGGUUGUUUGCAAAAGGUAGCAAGCUUGUUUAG